UUUGAAGUUUACAUGAUGCAUUAUAGAGCCAAGUCCAUUUCAGAGCUAGUUAGAGAAGGAUUUAGCUUUCUUCAUUCUGCAAUUCAGCAAUUAUAUUUUUAUAAUUCAGAUAACAGGAAUAUAAAAAGUAAAAAACUGGUGUUUGCUGAAUCUUUUCAUCAGUAAAUUUGAUACAUAUGUAAUGUGCAUUUUGUAUGUAAAAUAAGUUCUUAUUAAUGCAAGAUAGAUUUUGAUCAUAAAUGCUUCAUCUUCAUCAUUUUCUUCUAUUUUACAAAUAGUGGAGGAUGAAUCUGUAGUAAUUCUGAUAAAAGAUGAGAACCACACACAAUUCCUUUUAAAAACAUCCCUUUGGAUUUAAAAAUACUUUCUGAGGAGUAUGCACAUGCUGGCUAUGUGCAUGAGUCUGUACACGUUUGUGUGCUUGUCUGCCUUACAAGAGAAAGGUAUGGGACAAUUGCAAUAGGCUGCUCUUGCAGAAGCCACCAUCUUCUAACCCUGCUCUUGGACUCUAUCCAGCUUAUAUCGCCAAUCCAGGCAGACCGGAAUGCUGGAGUAUGUUUACAGAAGAUACAAGACAGCUACAAUUCAAAACAGAAAACAGAAGAAUGAAAUUAAGAGAUAAAUUAGUAACGUGGAAAAUAACCUUAACUGUCUUCAAUGGAAUUUUCUUGGCACUGGGUAUUAUGAUUUUGACGUUUGGUUUGUGGCUUUUAUUUGACAGAAGUAAUUUAUUUGGUGUAUUAUUUUCUUCAGGUGAGAACCAACUGGUGGUACGUGUUUCUUUUAUGUUACUUGGAGUUGGAUCUCUUAUUAUUUUUACAUCAGUCGUGGGAUUCCUUGGAAAUGUUAAGAAAAUCAGAUGCCUACUAGUUACAUAUGUGUGUUUUCAAGUCCUAGUGUUUUUCACCCAGAUUGCCAUAUCAGCACUGAUAUUUUUGAAGAAAGAAGUGGUCUACCAUCAGUGGAACAACAGAAUUGAUGAAGUUAUUUCUGAUUAUGGGAAUAAGAGUCUGGCUGAGAAGGAACCUGUGUGGAAUAUUCUGAAUGCUGUGCAGCAGAAUAUGGAAUGCUGUGGAAGAUACAAUGUCACACAGUGGGAAAAGAAUAAAAACAAGGAAAACCAUGCUCAGAUCCCAUGUUCAUGCACAAAAUCUAACCUGAAGAAAUGGUUUUGUGAUAUCCCAAGGAAUUCAACAUAUACUAUGGGUUGUGAAGAAUAUUUAGAUACAUGGUUUGAAAAUAAUGUUUUGAUCUUAAAUGGAAUUAGUAUCAGUCUGCUAAUUACACAGGUAUUUGUGAUCACAUUAUCCAUGAAGCUAUUUAUGAACAUCAGAAGGAAUAGUAUUUGGCCAAAUUAAUGAUGAAUUCAUUUGGGCAUUGCAGUUGUGCAAGAAGAUCUGUUCCCUUCCUGUGAUAAUAAACAAAAGUUCACAUUGCACUGUAUGUAUUGUAAUCACCAGGAUAUUAACAUUUGGGCUUUAAUGUAUUUGAUUAUUGAUCAUAGUUACAGAUAUAGCAAUAUGCUACAAAACUGUGUUUUAAAGUGUUAAGUACUAUACCUUUUACUAUAUGGUUAAUAAAACUUCAGCUGUGUUAGUAUGCCCUCUAAUCCUUUCUUGUAAACUCUUGAUUGGUAAAACUCUGUGUGUUCUUCCCAAAAUAUUGAGUCAAGUUGGCAAGGGGAUGCAGCCUUCUCUCCAAGAAAUACAUUUUCAGAAAUAAAAAAUACUUUGGCAAGCAUGAAGUGGCUUCUGCAGAUAUACAAGUACUCAUAUUCAGUUAACUUGGGAUAUUCCUUCAUUAGUGCAGUAAGUUGUACACCUAUUCGUGCUUCACUGGUUGGUUACACGUAAAAAAUUUACACGUGGAAACCUCCUCUCAGCCCCUCCUUUUAAAAAGAUAAAAAGAACAGGAUUAUCUGAGUAAAUGCAGCGAAGUAACAGCUGGAUGAGUAUGCGGAAGCUAAGGUACUCCCAUAGAGUUUAUUCAUCCUCCCUUUCUGGAUAGGUAUUUUAUUAUGGUGUCCUCUAAAAGGAUUUCACAUACUUGUAUUUUUCUGGUUUGAGUGUAAGCCUGGUUUCACUUGUCUGUAGUUUCUACAACUUGAAAUGAUUAAAACUUGAUUAAUGGAUCCCACUGUAAUAUUAUGUAGUCAAGAAUACAGAAAACAAAGUCAGCUAUGGAAUCUAAAAUUGUUCCUAAUGUGUCUUUGUUACAGAAUAGUUGUUAAUUAUGUGAUCUCAUAUUGUCUUUCCACCAUAGGCAGAUUUCCAAAUUCUGUAACUGUUGUCCUAAUGCAAAUAUUAUUUAAGCAUGAAUAGAAGCAGCUCCUAUUGUCCUCAGUGACAACUUGGCUUGCCCAAGUGAGAGGAGAAUGUGCUUCGGUGUGUGUAUUUUCUUAAUACUUAUCAAGACCUCUCAUGAACAUUCACCAUAAAAUGUUGCUGAAUCAAGCAUAUAGGCAAAUAGAUAAUAGACAUAUGUAUUAAAAUAACGUGUAAGACUGGCCAUACUGCCAUACAUGCUGCUGCUGCUAACAGGAGUAAUUAUAGAAACAUCAUUAUUAGUAUAGAAUUUACUAAGAAGUUUCGGAAAGAAAAGAGAAUAAAAUCUACUGUAUAAAAAGGGGUUUUAAGCUUCAUUUUUGAGAUAAGAAAAUGGAGUUAAGUAUUUGUUUACUGCUAAUUUGUGCAGUGCUGAUAGGUAGACACUAGAUGACACAGAGAGCUAAAGUAUUAUACAAGACAUAGAAAUAUAAACACAAAAUUCACAGAAAGCCAUGAUGUACUUGCCUUAUAUGUAUACUACACUUUAGAACAUAUUAAGUCAGAAGAUUUGAACCACAUAACACUACACUUUCAGAGAAAAGAGUUUUCAGAGACAGUGGCUUCAGUGGUCUGUGCCACAGCAAAAAAUUCACUGCAGCUGUCACUGUAUUAAAGCUCAAAAAGGUAAUGAGUGAUUACAGUUCAGCUAAUGUAGAAGAUGUAUGGCCAAAAUUAGGAGAUGUCCCUAAAGUGAUAUAUGAUGUGAGAGUGCAGAGGGAAAUAAUAACUGCAUAAAUUCCAAAUAUGUGUGAUUAAAGAAAAGAAACACAGACUGUGGUCUUUCAUGUGGCUUAAAAGCACCCUGCUGCUAAAGAGACUGUCCUCGUUGUCUUCAUGUUCUGCCUGAGCAUUGGCACUUGUACACAUACAGCUUUGUUGGAAACUAAUUUAAAGCCCAGUCUGA